UCGGAUUUGCCGUCUCAGGACUCAACUAUCGCUCCAACUAUUAUUGAUCUUAUCCCGACGACUUGUUGUUGCUGUUCUUCUUCCUUGCUGGUGGAGCGGCUGUCAAUGUUAAUUGUCAAGAGACGUUGGACGUAGUCUGACACACACCCCCCCCCCCCGACUUGCAUACCGUUCGCGACGCUAUUAUUCGGAGAUUGCUUCGGCCACCGCUUCUGCGACUCUUUCUGCUUCGACAGUUCUCGCCUUUUUUGGUUCUGCUCUUUGCUCCCUUAUUAUUAUUUUUUUUUGGGGAAAGGGGGAGGAGGGUCCAUUAGCACCCCGUCUCGUGUCUGGUGCUGACGUUCACUGGCUCUGGCCAUCGAUCUAAAUAAUUGUCCGGUCGCAGACGCUGCGACGGACAACUUGCCCAAAAUGAUGGGAUAUGGGGGUCAACACUACCAUCAACAGCAGCAGCAACCCCAGCAGACCGCGCACCCCCAGCACCCCCAGCACCCACAACAGCAUCACAUGCAGUCGCCUUCAAUGGGGACUGCGGGUCAUCCUGGGAGUACAUAUGCUGGCAAUAGCACCGUCUUCCGCGCUCAACCGCAAACCGAUCUGACCGCCCAGUCCCCCAAUCUUCGUAAGAUGACUACCACCACACAGUCCUUAGUUGGACUUCCUGCAGGGACCGCAUACAGCCCUUUCUCCAACCAAUUUCAAACCCCGGGGUCGUCUGAAAUGCUUCCCAGAACCACGGACUCCGUGGCUCAAUUGAAGAGCCCGUACCUGUCAUCGUUGCAGAACUUGCAGAGGAACAUGAACCCAAUGGCUAAUUUCCGCCAUCCCUCAAUGAAUCCUCAAGCCGCUUUGUCGCCGCAUGCACAUGCUAUAAACAUCUCGUCGCCCCAGCAGUCAUUGGAUCGGUUGCAACAGCAACAUCUGCAGCACCGACAACAGGCUGCUCACUCGAAUCCAGCUGCGUCAACUCCCACCACUGCCUCGCCAAUGCUCACCGCGAACCAACCGCAGCAGGCGCAGCAGCAUCACCAAUACCAGCAACAAUCUCCGUACCAGCAGGCGCAGCAACACUCGACUCAGUACCAGCAGGCACAGCAGCAUUCUUCCCAGUAUCAGCAAACCCAGCAGACUCAGUACCAGCAAACCCAAGCUCAAGCCCAGCAGUCCCCUUAUCAGACUCAUGGGCAGCACUCCCAGUACCAAACUCAGGCACAGCAGUCUCCAUAUCAGCAGCAAGCGCAUCAAGGUUACCAGCAUCAGCAAUCCGCAAAGCAGCAAGGACAGCAACAAUCAUCGCAGCAGGUUCAGCAUCAACCACAGCAGCAUGUCCAACAAUCGCAACAAUCACAACAAUCACAACAGGUGCAACAGGCUCAACAGGCUCAACAAGCUCAACAAGCUCAACAAGCCCAGCAACAAGUGCAACAAGCGCAACAAGCCCAGCAAAAGGUCCAGCCACAAACGCAGCAAUCGUACCAGCAGCAACAGCAACGCUAUGCUCAACAGCAGCAGGCUCAGCGAUCUCCAUACCAGGCGCAAGCGCAGCAUCCUCAGUUUCAACAACAUACCUACCAACGUCAGUAUCAGCAGCAGCAGCAGCAAUACCACCCGCAGCAGUCGCAGUCGCAGUCGCAGAAGCCCCAGCAACCACAGCAGUCCAGUCUGCAACAGCAACCACAGCCACAGCAGCAGCAACAACCGCAGCAACAAUUGCCAAGGCCGUCAACUGCACAACAACAACAGCAGCAGCAGCAGCAGCAGCUUCAUCUACAAGCUUCUACUCCGGCUACCGUGGGUAGAGCUGACCUUGUGGCUCUGGAACCCAAGAAGGAGGAUCCCAGCAAAAAGCAGGCAAAACAACAAAAGCCCUCCGUUUCUCCCGCCAUGACGACAAAUCAGAUAAAUGGACAAACGGCCCAACCCGCCACCACAACGUUCAAGGCUGAGACUCCUGGUCAAAAACCACCAAUUGGAGAUACCCAGACACCCACCCCUCGUAAGCGAGGUCGGCCACGCAAACAACCUGGAGAAGAAAAGAAGCCAUCGAAGCCAAGGAAACCUAAGAAUCAGGCAGCAGCCACGUCUGCACCCGGCGAUCCGUCUGUCGCAGGUACCGCUUCGGUUCCGGGCGCGCCCAAUGCUGGAGUUCCUGGCGCUCUUCCCCCCGGCGCUGCGCCUGGUAUCACAGGUGCUCCAACCGCUGCUCCUCGUCCUCGACCUCCACCUCCGCCUCCAAUCAUCGGGCCAGAUGGAACUCUGAUUCCUCAAAAACGAAAGCGAGGACGGCCUCGCAAAUCCGAGGUAGGUGGAGCGCCUCCCAAACCCAAGCCACCACGAGAUCCAAAUGCCCCGAAAAAAACAGGUACGGGACGACCUCGGGGUAGACCUAGGAAGGCAGAUGUGCUUGCGCGGAAAAAGGCGGAAGAGGAAAGGCAGCUUGCCCUGGCUCAGGGACAAGGCCAGACUCAACCACAAGCGCAAACCGCUGCUCAAUCACAUACUCCACCCAAAGCACCGGCCCAGGCUCAGGCUCAGGCUCAGGCUCAGGCUCAGGCUCAGGCUCAGGCUCAGGCUCAGGCUCAAGCUCAGAUGCAGGCCCAGCCCCAGAUUCAGGGACAGUCUCAACUGCAACAGCCUGCGAUGCAAGUGAAGCCCCAGAUGCAAGUCCAACCCCAGAUGCAGGCCCCGGCCCCGGCCCCGGCCCAGACCCAGAUCCAGGGACAGCCGCAGUUGCAGGUCAAGGCUCAAAUGCAGCAGCAGGUUCAUGGCCACGCGCAUGCUCAAACCCAGGCUCAAGCUCAUCAACCGCAGCAUCCUCAGGCGCAGCAUCCCCAAGCUCAUGCUCUCCCGCACCCCCAUGCGCACCCACAAGCGUAUCAAACUCAGAUGCAUGCCCAGAUGCAGCCUCAUCUGCAGCAUCAAAUGGCCCCUCAGAUGCAGGCUCAGUCACAACUUCAUCAUCCGCACCCCCAUGUGCAACAUCCUCUGCACCCUCAUCAUCCCCAGCAUCCACAUUCGCAAGCGCAAGCGCAGCCAGGGUCUCCGAUGACCUUGAACCCCGGGCAGAAGCGUGGACCGCCCGUCCUCGACGAUGAUCCGCGAAAACGAGCCUUUAUUAUGCCACAUCAAUUAUAGCAUCGAAAUAGAGAAUUUCGUCCCAACGGUUUUGGACCUGUUGUUAUAUGAUCGGCGUCGCUAUUGAUAUUACAUGGUUCUCAUAUGGAAGUAAUUUGGCGUGUUUAUUAUGUUGUGAUUCUUAUUGAUUGUUUGCAAGCUAUUGUUUAUUGUUGAUUUUCAUUUGAUGUUAUGAGAAACCAGUGUGAUUUGAUUUCAUUUAUUGUUGUUAUCUAGGUAGUUUGCAUUUGAAGCUUUCGAUCCCCAUGUUUUGUUUUUAUAGCCGGCCAUAUUCGUGUUUUU